AUGCAAGGAAGUUAUCAUAACAAUGGUUUACCACGACCAUACUACAUGAAACCAUCAUCAAAAAAGAAACAUUCCCCAUAUAACAAUCUCAAAGAACCAAUAAUCUUUUUCAACAACCCAAGAAGAAAGAUAGUUGGUUAUAUUUUCAUGUUUCUAAUAAUUGGAACUUUGAUGUGGUGGGUUUCGCAAGAUUUAAAAGACAAACCUGAAUUGGAAUAUGAAGUUGUGCCAGCUGAUCAAUACUCAUCGUCGUCAUCUUCGUCUUCUAACAAACACAAUUUAGAUAAUGAUAAUCACAAUUUGGAUAACAUGGUUAAAGGGGUAGAUUCAAAAGCUGAUACUGAAAAGGAUAAUCUAGAUUUAGCUGAAAAUUUGGCAGCUGGAUCUAAAGGUGAAAAGGGGUUGGGAGUAGCUGAAGCUCCCAAAGGUGGUAUUGCCAAUGAAGCACCUUUAGUAGGUAAUAAUGAAGAUCAAAUUGUUGGUAAUGGAAAAGGUGGUAGCCAGCAACAAAAUAGAUUAGUGGGGCAACCACCAUCAAAGCAAGAGGCAAAAAAUGAAAAGUCAAACGAAAGGAUAGUUCAACAGAUACUUCAAGAUACUCAGUAA